AUGGCCGACAAAAUGGACAAUCCCAGUAUGCGCAAGAGCUCAGUCGAGCAUCCAGCUGAUGCAGAUCUCGAUCAGAAGCAGAAUGAGGCUGCUCUGCCCGGGGAGCUCAUCUCCGCUGGCUCGCAGCAUCUUCAUCGAAGGCUGGGCGGAAAGGAAAUCCAGCUGCUUGCUGUGGGCGGUGCUAUUGGAACUUCCCUCUUUGUGCAGAUGGGAGCUGCCCUUCCCAAGGGAGGACCUGCUGGUUUGUUCCUGGGGUUUGUCAUAUACGGCACUAUUAUACUCUCCGUCAAUCAGUGCUUUGCGUUCAAUAUUCCAUACGAAGUGACGGCCAUCCAUGUCCUCCUAACAUACUGGACUGACAAGGUCCCUGUUGGCGUGGUGGUUGCAGUCUGUGUCGUCAUUUACGCUGUCUUGAACGGCCUGACGGUGAAGUACUUUGGUAUUUCAGAAUUCUACAUGUCCACCUUCAAGAUACUUCUGAUGCUAGGAUUGAUGCUGUACACCUUUAUUACCAUGGUGGGCGGGAAUCCAGACAGGGAUCCUUAUGGCUUCCGCUACUGGAGAGACCCAGGAUCAUUCGUCGAGUACCUCGUCCCCGGCGAUACCGGGCGCUUUCUUGGGCUGCUAUCAUGCAUCAUCCAGGGUUCCUUCACGAUGGUUGGCCCGGAGUUCAUCUCAAUGGCUGCUGGAGAGGCCGAGAACCCCCGUCGUUUGAUUAACAAGGCAUUCAUCUCGUUUGUCUGGCGUCUUAUGUUCUUCUUCAUCGGCGGCGCUCUCUGUGUCGGGAUCGUUAUACCCUACAAUGACCCGACGCUUGCGGCCGUCACCUCGAGCGAGGACAGCAGCAGUGGGACAGGAGCCGCCUCACCCUAUGUCAUCUCCAUGAUCAACUUCGGCAUCAAAGGCGUCCCCGACCUGGUCAACGCCCUAAUCAUGACCUCUGUGCUCUCAGCCGGAAACAACGUCAUCUUCUCUGCAGCACGAACCCUCCAUGGAAUGGCCUUGGAUGGAAAAGCACCGUCAUUCUUUGCCAAAUGCAACAAAUACGGCCUCCCAUAUUAUUCGGUGAUCACUGCCCUAUGCUUCUGCCUACUCUCACUUCUCCAAAUGGGACAAUCCUCCUCAACAGUCCUGGACUGGUUCGUGGGAAUCUGCACUGCGUCUUACCUGCUGAACUAUAUCGGUACGGUGGUUACGUACCUCCACUUUUAUUAUACUAUGAAGAAACAGGGAUUCGAUCGCAGUACCCUUCCCUAUAAGGGAUACCUCCAGCCAUAUGCAGCAUGGUACGCACUGGCCGGUACAUUUCUAAUCACACUAAUCCUCGGGUAUGAUGUUUUCAUUUCCGGCCAGUGGGAUAUAACCACGUUCUUCACAAGCUAUACCAUGGUUGGAUUCUUCAUCGUCGCUUUUGUAUUCUGGAAGGUCGUCAAGCGCACAAAGUACGUCAAGGUCGGCACUGCAGAUCUGAAACUGGGUUCUACUAAAGAUGACAUUGAUCUAUAUGAGGCUCUAUAUGAGAAGCCGAAGAGGGGGAGGAUCUUGGGAUAUUUGAAUUCCUGGUUCGAGUAG